CUGGGACAGGAGGCGCUGCCGAACUUGAGCCAGACCGCAGGGACUGGGGCUUGGGCGCCUGCGAGAUGCCUCUGUUUAGUGCUAACCCCUUCGAGCAAGACGUGGAAAAAGCCACGAAUGAGUACAACACUACAGAAGAUUGGGGUCUUAUUAUGGACAUAUGUGACAAAGUUGGAAGCACACCUAAUGGAGCAAAAGACUGCCUGAAAGCCAUCAUGAAAAGGGUGAAUCAUAAAGUUCCCCAUGUUGCUCUGCAGGCACUCACUCUUCUUGGGGCUUGUGUGGCAAACUGUGGAAAGAUAUUUCAUUUAGAAGUAUGUUCACGGGAUUUUGCAACAGAAGUGCGUGCUGUGAUAAAAAACAAGGUUCACCCUAAAGUGUGUGAAAAACUGAAAUCUUUAAUGGUGGAAUGGUCAGAAGAAUUUCAGAAGGAUCCCCAGUUUAGUCUAAUAGCUGCAACUAUUAAAUCUAUGAAAGAAGAAGGAAUUACUUUUCCUUCAACAGGUGCUCAGACUGUCUCAGCUGCUGCCAAGAAUGGCACAUCCGCGAACAAAAACAAAGAAGAAGAAGACAUGGCUAAAGCUAUUGAAUUAUCUUUGCAAGAGCAGAAGCAGCAGCACACAGAAACAAAAUCCUUAUAUCCAUCUGCGGAAAUUCAGUUAAAUAGUAAGGUUGCAAGGAAAGUGAGAGCUUUAUACGAUUUUGAAGCCGUUGAGGACAAUGAACUCACUUUUAAGCACGGUGAAAUUAUUAUAGUUUUGGAUGACAGUGAUGCCAAUUGGUGGAAAGGAGAAAAUCACCGAGGAAUCGGUCUCUUCCCAUCUAAUUUUGUAACAACCAACCUAAACACAGAGUCUGAGGCAGCAGCUGUGGACAAAUUGAAUGUAAUUGAGGAUGAUGUGGAAGAAACUAAGAAAUCAGAACCUGAGCCUGUUUACAUAGAUGAGGAUAAGAUGGAUCGAGCCCUGCAGGCACUCCAGAGUAUAGAUCCAACAGACUCCAAGCCAGACUCCCCGGGCCUCUUGGACUUGGAAGAUAUUUGUCAACAGAUGGGUCCAAUGAUAGAUGAAAAACUUGAAGAGAUCGAUAGGAAGCAUUCAGAAUUAUCUGAGUUGAAUGUAAAAGUCUUGGAAGCCGUGGAACUAUAUAACAAAUUGGUGAAUGAAGCACCAGUAUAUUCGGUUUAUUCAAAGCUCCACCAUCCCGCACAUUACCCACCUGCGUCAGCUGGGGUUCCAGGGCAGGCCUACCCAGUUCAGUCACAUGGUGGAAACUACAUGGGUCAAAACAUUCACCAAGUCCCAGUUGCCCAGAGCUACCCGCUAGUUCGAGAUCAGAUUGGCCCACUGAGAUCUCUGCCUCCAAGUGUGAGUUCUCCGGUGACAACACAACCUGCUCAGACUCCGUAUUUAAGCACUGGACAAGACUCUGUCUCCAAUCCCACGUAUAUGAACCAGAACUCUAACCUUCCGUCAGCCCCUGGCACGGCUGUGUACCCACAGCAGAUGGGGAUGGCUAUGGACGUGUCAUCGUACCAGAACACUGCUUCCAGCUUGCCGCAAGUAGCAGGCUUUCCGCUGGCUGUUCCAGCUCAUUCAGUUACACAGCAGCAAACAAAUUAUCACCAGCAGCCUCUCCUGUAGGAGCGACCCAAGCAUCUUGAAAGCAUUCAUAAGUGUGUCACUCAACUUUGAUGAUGCUCACCUGAAAAUAUUCUUAAUGUUUUCUUUCAGCUCAAAGGGACCAUGAAUAAAGCAAGCACAAAGGCCUACCUUACUCUACUAAGGUCAUAAAAGAGCUUUUUUCAGUCCAGUUUGUUCCAAGUCAAACUUUUGAUCGAGGGAACUUACAGAUGCUUCCAACUGGUUUUGUCUGACUUUAAGAUCUCGCUACAUAAAUCUGGACACCCAGUAAGUAGCCCUGUGACACUAAACAACAUGAGCUACAAGUGUAAACAUUUUAUUUUGAAGAAACUCAUCUUUCCCUCCUAAAACAUCAUCAUUGGGAGAGCACUGAAACCUUUAAAUAUUUUUUGUCCGUACAUCCCUCCCCCCUUCAGUUUCCCACACACUAUUAUUUUAAAAUUCGAACAUCUUUUUGUGUAAGCAUUUAGCUUGCCAAGUAUUUCCUUUUGGCUCCUUAAAUUGCAGUUGUGUUUGCAGUACUGUCAGUUUUGCUCUCAGUGUUAUGUUGAGUAAUAAUUAGCAUAUAAUUGUCUACAGAAGCAAGAGCAAUUUGGAAGAAAGAAAAAAAUGUUUUCUAUUAUUAACAGAGAAGACCAUAUAAAUGCAGAUGUAUGACAAAACAUUUAGCCAGACCCACCCCCUCUCCCAAGUCAUGUGAACAGUGGGUGAAGGAGUCCCCAAACCGUUCCCGUUCCUUGAGGAAAAGCGUUUGCUUCCCCACCACAAGGUCCGUGGUCACUUUUCUUUGACCCCAGCCAUUCUCUAACGAAGGUACGGGCCCCUUGUUUUUCUCCGUGUGAUGUCCUGUGCAGAGAUCCUGCGCCUCCUUUUCACGGGCCACUGGUGAAUUUGAGCCACGAGACAUUCCUCACAUUUUGAUGUGAUAUAUGCCAAGCUUGAUGACAAGUAUGUGGUUUUGGGCAUGUGGAUUUUUUAAGGGAAGCGAUUUGAGUGCCAUUGGUAUGUCAGCCUGUUGAAUAAUUUGACCUUUCAGAGUAAUUCUGAGUCUGUGGGAUAAUAGCAGGUAAUUGGACUGAUAAAGAACUAUGAAAACAGUUUUUUUGACAGCUACAUGUUGAAUUAUUUUAUAGCCGUCCUAGAGUCCCAGACUAGGAAUUAGGUUGAAAACCAAUAGGGUUGGGUUUUGUCCCUAAAAAUUUGCACAUUACUUGACCAUCUACCAACUUUUUAUAUAACACAAUGUAGAAAAUGCAAAUAAAUAUGCUAACAGGUAUAUAAUAUUUAGAUAGAGAAAAACUGGAAAUUAAUUUUUUUAAAGUUACUUAUAUGGAAACAGGAUUUCUAUAUUUUACCAUUUAUAGAAACUUGAUUAGCAGUAUGCUGCUUUUCUCAAAGGAAUUGUGUCCUAGAGCAAAAUUGUCUAUUUGGUACUUGGUCUAAAUUUUAAAAAGAUCAACAGCAACAAACAACAACACAUAUUUGGAAACCUGAUUUCUAUCAUUGUUUUAUUUCAGACAUAACUACUCCAAAGAAAAUAUUAGUCCUGAUACUUUAUGUGUUAACUCAUCUGGUUUUUCCUUCCGUGUGAAUUCAAUUGUAUAAUUAUAAAAAAUAUUCUAAAAUGGCACCUUACUUUUUGGGGGAACAAAUCUCUUGUGCUUUAAAUAGAAAAGAAAAAACACAUAGAAAACAUUUCCAAAGCUGCUCUUGAUUAUAGUUAAUGUUUGUGUGUGUGUGGCAAAUCUCACUUUUCCCUCCCAAACUAUAUUUAAUAAACCGUUAUUUUAAAGUUUGUGUAAAUAUUUUCUGUAUAAUUGUCAUCUGAAUUGUGAAAGCUAAGUUCAACGUAAAUCUUUCAACCAGUAAAAAUACUACACACUCACUAAAUGGGGACCAGCCAAUUAAAUUCAAGUAAUGUACUUUUGGAAUAAUAUAACAUGGAACAUGUAUAUAAGUAAUGUACAUUGGCAUUUAUCUGUGAAAUUUUAUACCUGCAGAAGUUUCUCCCUCUUACAUUAAAAAUAAUUUUAUUUUUGCCAUACUGUUAUGAUUGUUGUGCUGCAGGUUGUUGAUAGUCUAAACAUGUUUUAAAGUCUGUGUGCUGAGAUGACUUUUGAUGUUGUUAAGAACUGUAGGUGUUGUUCUUCACUUUUCUGUCCAUGGCCUCAUGAUUGUAUUUAUUUUAAGAUUGGCUUAUAAUUAAAUAUUUUCUGCCAAA